GUACGAUCUGCACAAUAGUACUAUAGAAGGCAUCACAAGAAAUUGUGUCUACGGUGCUUUGUGAAGUAACAAUGAAUACAAUAUUUGUGGCAACAUUUGCCACACUUCUGGUGGCCUAUGCGUCUGCCGGUAAUCUACCUAAGUGUCCAAAUGAAGAUAAACUAGAUAUCAACCUAUUACCGAAUCCAGAUGAUUGCAGCACCUACUACGCUUGCAGCAAUGGCGAACCAUUCAUAAUGGUAUGCAGUGAAGGACUUGAGUUCAACCCGGAGGAUAAGGUGUGCGAUUGGCCACUAGCGGAACCAAAAUGUAAUCGUCAUCACCGGCCAGGAUCACAUCCUACAGGAUUGCCUGGUUCUUCGAAACCACCACGUCCUACAGAAUUGCCUGGUUCUUCGGCAUCGUCUAAUUCUUCGAGACCACCACGUCCUUCCAGACCAACACGUCCUUCCAGACCAACACGUCCUACAGAAUUGCCUGGUUCUUCGGCAUCGUCUAAUUCUUCGAGACCACUACGUCCUUCCAGACCAACACGUCCUACAGAAUUGCCUGGUUCUUCGGCAUCGUCUAAUUCUUCGAGACCACCACGUCCUUCCAGACCAACACAUCCUACAAAAUUGCCUGGUUCUUCGAGACCACCAUGUGCUUCCAGACCAACACGCCCUACAGAAUUGCCUGGUUCUUCAAGACCACCACGUCCUUCUAGACCAACACGCCCUACAGAAUUGCCUGAUUCUUCGAGACCACCACGUCCUACAGAAUCAUCUCCUGCAGAACCAUCAUCUGCAGAACCACCAUCUGAAGAACCAUCAUCUCCUGCAGAACCAUCAUCUUCUGCAGAACCAUCAUCUACAGAACCAUCAUCUUCUGCAGAACCAUCAUCUGCAGAAACAACGUCUCCUGCAGAACCACCAUCUACAGAACCAUCAACUGCUUCCAGUACAAUACAAUCCAGUUCAAUUUCCACAGGUUUUCGACCUGCUGUCACCAGCACAACCACCAGGACAACCGCUAGGACAACUAGAAGACCAAUCAUUAUCUGGCCCACAAGAUGGCCCUUCCCUAUACACUUCCCUACGUUAUGGCCACGACCUUCUACUCGUAUAAUCUCUAACGUGGCAGGUUAAUAAGGGGUGCAUUAGUAAUUCAGGAGUAAUCAAACACAAUCUAUACUAACCUACGUUACAUGUAUUAUAUAUUAUGUAAUGUAAUAUAUAUAUAUAUAUCAUGAAAGUUUGACGUGUAAAGCAUAGAUUAUAAUAAAUCUUCAUUAUAAUUGAAUGUAA